UCCGCUGGUUUAAAUGGUAGCGAAGGAGAUUUGCUUCUGAUUUGUGUCGAACGUUAAAGCGCCCAAGUCACGCUACGAGAAAGGAUCCUACAUCAACUACAUGUGUUGUGACAAGUAGCCACCUACAGCAGUUGUCCUGUUGUCCUGCCAAAUGACUGGACUACUAUAAUCGCAGAAACUUCUGGAUGAAACAUUUUUCAAGGGACCAGAUGAGGGCCAAAGGUGAUGUCUUCAGCGUAGACAAGCUCGGUCUGGCAGCAUCCGAUUCCACAGGCUGCAGACGUUACGCCAGCCCAGUGACUCUCAUAGAGAGAAGCAAACCUCAGACCAUGGAACCAGUGACCAACGUGUCAGCAGAACCAGACGACCGGUUGGCAUCAAGCAACCAAACUCCUUCGCGUGGCCCACCAGCCGGCGAUACACAGAAGAGACCACAAGGCCUGUUGGGGCCUGAUGGAGGCAGCACGUUUACUGUGGCAAACCAACGUCAGAACAACACCCCCACCGUGUCACCCCCCGUCAGAGAUUUUCUUUGGCGACCUGUAUCGAGCAAAGGUCAAGGGCAGACAUCAAGAGAGGAAGAUUGUGCCGGUCUAACGAAGGCACCGCCAGAUGCGAGCCCGAGAUCUCGAGGCGCAACAGACCACUCACAACGGCCUGUAUCUCCGACACACGACGCCAAUUUGAGCACGCCGCCAGCCAUCUGGGAGAACCAGCACACAAGCGACAAACAAAAACAAAUUGGCACCCGGCAAGUGGAUGGGGAGAAUGGUGGUGAGGACAGCAGUUUUUCUCUUAGUCUCAGUGGCGACACAGGAGCUGCUCGAAUCUUUAAAAGCCGCUCCAGUCCGGGGUUGGAGCACCCAGACAAGGGUACAUCGCUGGUCUCCCGUCCAAUGGAAAACGUCACGUGUUCAUCAGCGAUUCGUGCAGCACAUUGGAACAAAGGAGCCAAGAUGACGUCACAGCAGCACCAGAGUUAUGACGAUAGAAAACUUCAUCAACAAUUUUGGGAAAAAUCACACCAGUUAACUCGGCAGUCAGCACGAAAUUUUUCUCCCAACUUAAAACUUGGUUUUACUGACGCCACAGACAAUCCACUUACUGACGCCACUGACCAUUCACGCCCACUGUGCAACCAACCGAUGCAAACGUCAGAGGCCAUUUCUAGAAAGCCCACACUGUCCACGAAGAUUCCAGAACUCAGCUCGCCCUGUUUUCCCAUGCACCCGGCAUUAGGCGGCUAUUACGUCAGACUCCUGCAACAAGUGCAGCACCUCCACCCCGCCCUCCAGCCGAGUUUCUACUCGGCCCUGGGCUGCUCCCAGUUGAGUCCCUAUCAUUUCAUGGAGCCGGCUUUAUCAAAGGCGUGGCUACAGAAAACAAUGGCUCAGCCAGGCUUGUAUUUUGCUGGAGCUUUUCGUCCAUUCCCGGCAUCUCCACACUUGCAGCAUUUGGGCGCCAUCAAAAGUCACGUGGUUCUACAAGACUGUGAGCAGAGCUGUAAACAGCCAUGCCCAAUUUUAAACACCUCUCUCCUGUCUGGGCGCAGCUCGUCCCCCACAUCCCCGCCCUGCCUGACCUCACCAUCUAGCACUAGCAGCUCAAGCUACGGCGACAACGACUCCCACACCGUACAGAUGGACGGACAAAGCGGACGUUUGUCGCCGCUCAAGCGCUCAGGCCCGGUGAGGUUUAGCUGCGAGUGUUGCAGCAAGAGCUAUAGCACAGUGAGCGGCCUGAGCAAGCACAAACAGUUCCACUGCAGCAGCCACGUCAAGAGGGAGUUCAGCUGCAAGCACUGCGACAAGACCUACGUCUCUCUCGGCGCCCUCAAGAUGCACAUCCGCACCCACACGCUGCCCUGCAAGUGUCACGUCUGCGGCAAGGCCUUCUCGCGGCCCUGGCUCCUACAGGGACACAUCCGCACCCACACGGGGGAGAAACCUUUCCGGUGUAGCCACUGUGGCCGGGCGUUCGCUGACCGCUCCAACCUGCGCGCCCACCUCCAAACUCACGCGGACGUCAAGCGCUACAGCUGUAAGUCGUGCAAUAAAACUUUCUCACGCAUGUCUUUACUGGCCAAACAUGAGGACGGGUGUCCGGCGAGCAGAGGGUCAAGUCACAUCAAGCCCAUGCUAGACUAGACAAGCCACAUCAAGCCCAUGCUAGAGUAGACAAACCACAUCAAGCCCAUGCUAGAGUAGACAAACCACAUCAAGCCCAUGCUAGACUAGACAAGCCACAUCAAGCCCAUGCUAGAGUAGACAAACCACAUCAAGCCCAUGCUAGAGUAGACAAACCACAUCAAGCCCAUGCUAGACUAGACAAGCCACAUCAAGCCCAUGCUAGACUAGACAAGCCACAUCAAGCCCAUGCUAGACUAGACAAGCCACACAAGCCCAUGCUAGAGUAGACAAACCACAUCAAGCCCAUGCUAGACUAGACAAGCCAAUUCAUGCUUGCCCGACAACGCUUAGAAAACGCCGAUAGCUUCAAAUGAUAAACAAAAUGAAAGCAGUGUGUAAUCAUGUUUUGACGUCAUUCUGUUUUAUUGCACUUUAAGCCAUUGCAGUUACGGUGUGGUUGUGAUAUUGUGUGGGGUUGUCCAUGAAUGUCACCUACGGACUGCACAUUCAACUGUGCAAUCGAAAGUGUCCACCCAAUAACAAGAAGUUUGGAAGCUGGACUCUAGCCCCCCCCCCCCCCCCCCCGAGGAAAA